UUCUGCACCACUGGAUCAACAUGCUGUUUUCUGUUUAACUUACACACACACACACACAUACACACACACACAGACACACACACUCACACACACACAGCCUCCCCUCCCCUUCCCCUCCAGGACUUCUACAAUAAACCUUAACAUCCAGACUCACAAAAGAGAAAUGUGCAGCUACCUAACAACUGCCACUGCAAAUGCUCUUGUGGAGGAGCUGGAUGGCAUCUCCCAGAGCCUCUCUACAGCUGUUUGGACUAAAUGAAAGCAGAGAAGUGGGCAGCUCUCAAUCAGGACUUGCUUUUGAAUUAAUCACCUUGCAUUGAAUGGAUCUUUGAGGUCCUUCACUUGACGCAGUGAGGAGCUGCAGGCUUUUUUUUCCCCCAAGCUGAUUAUAGCCCUUGGAUCUGUCUUUUUUUUUUCCUCUCUUUUUUUUUUCUUAAGAAGCUUGCAGUCUUCACAGGAGGCUGCUGUGGAAUUCAGUGGGACCCCUUGUCCUGAAGAGACCUGAAAAGCCACCCUGAAAACAAGCCCAGAAGAAGACCUCAUGUGUGACACAGAGGGAUCAGCAUACAGCUGUGUGACUCAGGUUGUCCCAGCUGAUUCUCUGGGUUUGGCGAAUACGAUGUCCUGAAAAGGUGGAGGGAGGCGAUUUCAGCACCAGAGGCUGGCGGACAGCUCCCAGCAUCAGCAGGCAUCAUCUGGAGUCCUCCUUAUCCAACUCCUCAUUCCAGAUCUGGAGCUAUCCAGCACUCUCUCCCCCCAUGCAAUGCAAGCUCUGGAGACCCCACUUCUCCUGACCAGUGGACUUAAAUCAGGCGCUUGUCUGCAUCCAGAAAAAUACUCUCGAGGAUCUGAAAACCUGAAGGGGGCUGAACUCAGAGCAUUCUCCAUCCCAACAGCAAAGAAGGAAAACCCAACAGGAUCAAAUGUUACUGAUCUUCCUGGGAAGGAUGCAGGAAGGCUUAUCGCUCAGAAGGAAUCACCAUUAGUCAAGCAAUGAACAUGACAAGAGACUAGGGACACCUAAGACAUGCGCUGCAGAAGAACACUGGGAAAACUCAGCUGUAAAGAUUAACGUCUUUGGAGAAAUUGUUAUUAAUACCUGGUUCCAGAUCUGCAAUGACUAUUCACUUUGUCUCCAAUCUGCACAAAGAGUUGACUUCCUAUAAUUGUGCUGAAUAGAAAGAACCUAUACAUACUAUAAGUCUUCCUACAGCAAAGACUUCUCAUCAGCACUUUAGAGCACGUUUUCUUGUACAAAUGUGAAGAAAAGUAAAUGAAGGAGAUAUCUCCUUAACAAUAUAAUCCAUUUUAUAUCAGUAAAUUAGGACCGACCAAGCCGUCUUGGCCCAAGGACAUCUAUCCCUAUGGCAGGUCGCCAAGGAAUAGUGAUGCCUGCCCUCUGUUUGUGGGUGGUCACACUCUUAGCCCUCUUCUAUACAGGUAAGGUACAGGCGGAUUGUUGGUUGAUUGAAGGCGACAAGGGUUUCGUUUGGCUCGCAAUCUGCAGCCAGAACCAACCACCUUAUGAAUCCAUACCACAGCACAUUAACAGUACCAUUGUGGACUUGCGGCUCAAUGAAAAUAAAAUUAAGAGCGUGCAUUACGCUUCACUCAGCCGCUUCGGCAACCUGACGUACCUCAACCUCACUAAGAAUGAAGUGUCCUACAUUGAAGAUGGGGCCUUUGCUGGUCAGUUUAAUCUGCAGGUGCUCCAGCUUGGUUACAAUAGAUUAAGAAACCUUACGGAGGGAAUUCUAAGAGGACUGGGCAAGUUGGAGUACCUCUACCUCCAAGCAAACCUCAUUGAAACUGUGACUCCUAACGCCUUUUGGGAGUGCCCGAACAUCAUGAACAUUGACUUGUCUAUGAAUCGUAUCCAAAGGCUGGACAGUAACACUUUUGUGAGCCUCAACAAGCUGACAGUAUGUGAGUUGUAUAGUAAUCCUUUUUAUUGCUCCUGCGAGCUUCUAGGCUUCCUGAAGUGGUUGGACAUAUUCACUAACAUGACGCGCACUUUUGAUCGCAUGCAGUGCGAUUCUCCACCGGACUAUAGUGGUUAUUUUUUGCUGGGCCAAGGUCGAUCCAGCUACCGCAAUGCUCUUGGAAUGUUGUCUUCACUUUGCACAGAUGGCUCAUAUACAAUGAUGCCGCAUCAAAUGUCUCCAAGAUACCAAGUCACAACGGGUCCUCCUGACAGUCCAUGCUCAGAAGAAGACUGCUUUUCUGGAGAUGGAACCACCCCCUUGAUAAACGUAUACACGCCACCUGCCAAUUCCAAAGUCAGCCUCAGCGUCAAUUUAAACACGGAAACACACACAGACGCCACUCUCGUGGCAGAGAUACCUUAUCCAUAUAGCAAGAUGUAUAUUUUGGUCCAAUACAACAACAGUUUCUUUACUGACAUUCGGAAUCUGAAGACUGAGAAAGAGUUUAUAAAGCUGGAUGGGCUCAAAGCCAAUACAAAUUAUACUUAUUGCGUGGCCUCCAUUCGCAACUCUCUCAGGUUCAACCACACCUGUAUAGCCUUUUAUACUCGCAGCCAUACCAAAACAGAACCUGUGCCUACCCCAUCCACUGCCACACACUACAUCAUGACUAUUCUUGGCUGCUUGUUUGGUAUGGUCAUCAUUCUCGGCAUUGUGUACUACUGCCUGCGCAAAAGGCGCCAGAAGGAAGAAAAGCACAAAAAGGCAGGGAGUAAUAUGAAAAAAACUAUCAUUGAACUUAAGUAUGGUCCAGAGAUGGAGACACCCAGCAUCACUCAGCUGUCUCAAGGGCAGAUAAUGAGUUCAGAGAUGUCCCGGAUCCCUUACUUGCCUUCUGUUGGGGAAGUGGAACAGUACAAACUAAUAGAAACAAAGGAGACACCCAAAACCACGAAGGGGAACUAUAUGGAGGUUCGAACUGGUGAACAGCCUGAAAGAAGGGAUUGCGAACUGUCCAUGCCACCAGACUCUCAAAGUUCGGUAGCUGAGAUCUCUACUAUUGCGAAGGAAGUUGACAAAGUGAAUCAGAUCAUUAACAACUGCAUAGAUGCCUUGAAAUCAGAAUCCACCUCUUUCCAAGGGGUGAAGUCUGGAGCUGUAUCCACAGUGGAACCCCAGCUGGUACUGAUUUCUGAACAGAUUCCCAGCAAACAUGGUUUUCUUUCUCCAGUGUAUAAGGAAAGCUACAGCCACCCUUUACAGAGGCAUCAUAGCAUGGAGGGGCCAACAAAACGAUCUAGCACCUCAUCCAGUGGCUCUAUCCGCAGCCCGAGAUCAUUUCGUUCUGAGGGGUCAGCGCACAAGUCUGAAGCAAAAUACAUUGAGAAGACAUCUCCCACUGCUGAUACCAUUCUCACUGUGACCCCAGCUGCUGCCAUCUUGAGAGCAGAAGCUGAGAAGAUACGUCAGUACACAGAGCAACAACAGCAGCACCCUCCUCAACACGAUAACAUGGGAGGGCGCAAGACUUCCAUACUGGAACCUUUAACACGUUCCCGGCCGAGGGAGCUGUCGUAUUCCCAACUCUCUCCUCACUACCACAACCUGAGCUACAGCUCCAGCCCAGAGUACACCUGCAAACCCUCCCACAGCAUCUGGGAGCGUUUCAAACUGCACCGCAAGCGUCACAAAGAGGAGGAAUACAUGGCGGCCGGCCAUGCCCUGCGCAAAAAGGUCCAGUUUGCCAAAGAUGAGGAUCUCCAUGAUAUCCUAGACUACUGGAAGGGUGUCUCUGCCCAGCACAAGUCCUGAGUCCUCACCUCUCCCUUUUGCCUCCAGCUACUCGUGACUUAACUGUUUCAUAACCCUUAACCCUGUGUCAGCCAGAGAGGCGGGCAGAGCAUUGUGGGAUGCAACACUCUGCAGGUCUCUUUAGCGGAAAAAGAGGUUAACAGGACCAAAUUCAAACUAGCAGCAGCUAAUUUUUACUCAAAACUGUCUAUAAGAAUGAUUAAAAAAUAUAAGGUUAUUAUAUAUCAUAUAGAAAAAUAAAACUGCUUAAAAAAUUUAAAACCUCACGUUUGUGAGUAUGUGCACCAAAUCAGAAAAUAAAUACAAAAAAAAAAAUCAAAAGAAAAAAAACUACACACUAAAACUGUGAAGAGGAACUGAUUUUUUUUUAACAAAAAGAAGAGAAAAAAUUUAAGAAAAAAAAUUACAGCCGUCGCAGAGCGUGAGAUUUUGGGAGUGGUUUGAACUUCACAUUAUAGCAUGUCUUUUUCAUACUCUGAUUAGCGUGGUUUGACUUGUGUGAUUAUUUUUUUCUUAUUUCCAUCACCGCA